AUGCCUAAACGUGUAAGCGAUUUGCCGGAUCUUGAAGAGAAAGGCGAAGAAGGGGCAUUUUCUCCACCACCGCUCAAAGAGGAAAAUGACGAGAACAUUGAUUCUCCAGCGGGUUUCUAUAUAAACUCGAGUAACGCACGUAUACCAACCAUCGAGUCAACUGAGGACAUUGCGUUUUGGUGGGAGUUGGUUAAUAAAUAG